AAAUAUUAACGUAAAACAGAAUUAAAUAUUUUAAAUAUAGAGAAAAUUCUUAUAUAUCAAGAAAAGCAUACAAAAAAUGUUUCUAGUUUAGAAUGAAAAAAAAUUUAAAUAUGGGUAAAUUGAAUUUUCAUAAAAUAUUAUUCUUAUACACGUGUAAAAUCAAUAUUAAUCAUAAAUUUAUAAAUAAAACUAAUAAACUCAUGUUCAGAUAAAAUUAUAAAUACAGAAUACUCGAGUGUUGUUUCCAAUAAUAUACAAGAAAAAAUUUAAUUUUCUAAGAUCCUACAGAGGGCCGUUAUAACUUCAAUAUCCUUUUACAAGCUUCGUGUGCAACUCCUUUUAAAAGAUGUCAAGUUUAAACAUUAGACAUGUAAGUGUGGACACUUACCGUUAAUAGUUUGAUAAUAGUCAUGCGGAAGAUACAGUUUCUACUGCAUAUCUAUUUAUUAUUGUGUUCAUCUACAAGUUCUCAUGCUGAAGUCACACAAUCUACUAAAAAAGUUAUAGAAACACGUGAGGGAACUUUGAGAAAAUCAUCGUCAACGGACUCACCUAUGUUAAAUUAUAUAUUUGAUUCACAUAAUGCUUUAAAUCACCACCAACAUUAUCAUAGUAAUCACUGGGGACCACAUUUUGAGGGAUCAAGUAAAAAUAUAACAGCACAAGCUGGUACUAAUGUUACUCUUGAUUGCAAAAUAUCUAUGCUUCAUGAUAAAGUGGUAUCAUGGGUUCGUCGACAGAAGGAUGGAGAAAAGAUGACUUUAUUGACGGUUGGUAGUGUUACCUACACCGGCGAUCCUAGGUACACUAUUAAAUUUCAGUAUCCAGACAACUGGCGCCUGCAAAUUAAUUAUGUGAACAGCAGUGACGAAGGUCAAUAUGAUUGUCAAAUAACAACACACCCGCCAAAAUGCAUUCAUAUAAAUUUACAUAUUAACGCUCCAUCUGUACAAAUAGUCGAUACUAUGGGUAAACAAAUAAGAGACAAAUAUUACGAGGCAUACAGUACAAUUGAACUAUUAUGUCUUAUAAGGCAUGUGGCUAUGCAGAUGCAGUACAGCGUUGUACAAUGGCUUCAUGGAGAUAAAAUAUUAAACUACGACACGACAAGGGGUGGCAUUAGUGUAAAGACGAAUCUGAUGGAAGAAGGAGCUAAUUCUACUCUCAGUAUAGCCAGAGUUGCUCCAUCAGACAGUGGAAAUUACACGUGUUAUCUUACCAUUAUGCCGGAGAAACCAGCAGUAGUACAUAUUCAUGUUCUUAAUGAAAGCCUAGCAGAGCUGCAAUUUAACAAAGGAAGCAGUUGGAAAAAAAUCUUCAGUAGAAUUGCAAUUAUGAGCUCAAUUGUUACCUGCUUUGCGUUGAGCUAAACUUUUUUUUUAGUGGAAUUAAGAACAAUGUUCGAAAAUAACCAAAAAAAAUUUAAGCAAAUUGUAAGAUAUUAAACAUUUAAAAAAAGAUAUAUUUAAAAUAAUUUUUAAAGUUGUACAGAAAGGAGAGCAUAAUAAUGUGUAUGUUAUUGACGAAAAUUGUGAGGCCUCUAAGAAAAUGAAAUAUUUUUUUGUUUAAAAUUGUGAUAAAGAAAAAAAAGAUGGCAUAGAGAAUUUUUAAAAGAAGGGAUGAUAUUUAGCUUAUAAUUAAAAUUGUAAAAAUUAUUUUUAUAAUCUUUUAAAGCAAGUACAAAGGUAUAUUACUUCAGUCAUUCAUAAUAUAAAAAUCUGUUUUUAGAAAACAAAACCUAAGAAACCGAAAAUAGAAAAUAUUUAAUAUUGCUUUUAAAAAUUUACCUAAAAAUUUUCUUAUUCCACGCAAAAGAGGUUUAACAAUUAUUGUCGGUGAUCUACAAAAAUAAUUAAUUAAAAACUAAAAUAUGUAUACUUUAUUAUAAAAUCAACUAUAAAAGAAAGUUUAACUACUUAAAAAAAAACAAGUGGAAACAUUAGUUUCCAUUUCAUAAUUAAUUAGAAUAAAAAAAAAAGAAUUUUUCACUUUUAUGAAAAUUACAAAUUUUUUAUAUGACUAAUAAUAAGGAUAAGAAAAAUAUUCAAUUUUGGACAUGCUACCUCUUAUGUAUAACCUAUUAGCUUUAUAAUUGUAGCAAUUUAAUUUUCGAUUUUUAGUUACUUAUCAUGAAAUAUUAUUUUCAUAAAUAAAACUAUGUAUUACAUUUGUAAAAAAAUUCCGAAUUGUUUAUAAACAAGUUUGUUAAUUUUUAAAAUAGAAACAAGGAAGUUACAAGAAAGCGAAAACUUAAGAAAUGUAAAUUAUUUAUUAGAAGUUAAUAAAGUUUUAUCUUAACAGACUUGUGGAAAGUUUGAGUAAGAAUACGAAUACAUAAA